GGCAGUAGGCGGUGCGGAGGCUGCGGGGCGCGCGUCGAUCCGUCUCCGACAGCGAGGCGCGCGAGGUGGCAGGCCGUCGCCGCCGACCGCAGCGAGCCCGGCAGCUGACCGCCGACAGCGCGAGGCGCGCAGGCGAAGACGAUGAGCCAGCCGGCGAGCGCCAGCGGACAGGGGUCACCGAAGAAGGUCGAGGCGCCUGCUGGCGACGCCUUCAGCCUGGACCGCACCGCCCUGAGGAAGCGGCUCACCCCGCUCCAGUACCAGGUCACCCAGGAGAAGGGCACGGAACGUGCCUUCACGGGGCGUUUCAACAAGCACAAGGAGCCUGGCAUCUACCGGUGUCUGGUGUGUGGCCAGGACAUCUUCUCGUCGGCGGUCAAGUAUGACUCCGGCUCUGGCUGGCCCAGCUUUUAUGACGUCAUCGCCGCCGGUCGGGUCAAGCUCAAGUCAGACCUGUCCCAUGUUGGCGGCAACCUCCUACUUUUGAUUGCCAACCCAGGGAUGGAGCGAACCGAGGUCAGCUGCUCGCGCUGCUCAUCGCACCUCGGUCACGUCUUCAAGGACGGCCCCAAGCCGACCGGCAAGCGCUACUGCGUCAACUCCGAGUCGCUCGACUUCGUGCGCGACGACUCCAUCGAUGUGGUGGACGGCAAGGUGGAGUUUUUCAAAGGCGCGUGCGGCCUGGCGGGCUCCUGUGCGCCGCGAGCGGGCCUGCGCUCUCCUCCCGCGCGGCCGUCUGGCGGCAGUGGCAGUGCCAUCUCGCGGGUUGUGGAGAAAUACAACCGUCUGGAUGGUGGCGCUAGCGAGCCGCCGGCUGUCGGCGCCAAGGGCCUGGUGGAGCCGUCAAUCAAAGAUCAGAUUCAGGGUAGCCAGGUCCUGAACGGAAGGGCAUGAGGACGACCACAGAUGAGGGUGAAUGAUGUCACGUGCUUUUUGUGAAGCCUUGUCAAGUGUCUAAUGACCGUUGUGGAAAUGAGCAGCCAGAGUGUACUUCACGUGAGUAAAGUCAAUUGUACAGCAGCUAUGCCAUAUUGCUAAUAAGCAUUCAAAAGUGACUAACGUGAAGCUUGUUUAUUAUUUAUGUUGCCGAGGUGGCUUUAUUGUUUCUGUAAACAUGUGCAUUUCAAAUAUAUGAUGCAAUGAACAUCUUUA